AUGGGUGGUUCACCUCCUUAUAAUUACAAAUUGGUGGUUUCUCUUAAAUACUUGUCAAGAUGUUUAGCCGAUCCGCUAUAUCCCUUAAUAUUAUUCCACACAGUUUGCAAAGCUAAUCACUCUCCUCAAGGUGAGACAGCUCGGAUUCUGGUUGAAUUCCUGGAGGUGGCAAUCACUUCAAUCGUUUUCCUCAAAGGAAUUUACCCUCCAGGUGCUUUUGAAGGAAGGAAAUAUAUGAAUUUGGUGGUUCUUAGCGCUCGUCGCCCUCAACUCAGAGAUUAUAUCCAUUCUGUUAGAAAAUUCGGCCUAGGCGGGUCUGGGCGGCUGGGCUGGGUCUGGUGGAGAGACUAGCAGUUAUUUUCUUUAACAGUGAUAACAUCCCUGUGGAAAGAUUUAUGUUUAAGCCUGUGAAUCAGUCUUAUGGCUCAAGGAUGGAAGAAGCUGACCUGGAGUUCUCACUAAGGUCAUUUUUUAUCAAGCUUCCUUUCUCAGAAUCCCUUACACGGGUUCUUCCCCAGGAUAAGUUUUAAGUUUCAUAGUUGACAACUUGACAUUGAUGUUCUUCUUUUUUUGCUUCAGUGUUGUAGUUUUGUCUUAGAAUUUUGAUAUAAUUCUUUUUCAAUGCUGUAGUUCCGUUUGGUUUUCGCUUUAAAAUUGCUACUUUCUAUCAAAUGCUUUGGUUUAAUUGGUUGAGUAUUGACCAUAUGCUUGGGUGGUUGUUGAGCUCAUGAAAUAUGGUUUGGAUUUUCAUGUCUGCUUUCCUUAUUUGCAGCUUGGUGUGUAAGCUUAUCCUUUAUAACAGAUUGCAGGUGGGAGAUAACCGCGUACUUUCGAUCCCUUCCUCAGGCAAGCACAAGUAAGGAUGCAGAGUUGUGGAUUCCAACAGACACACAGCAGUGGCAACAGCCUCCAUUGAUAACCCCUAUUAAAUCAUGAUCACACUGUCCCAUAAACAUACUGCUCAAUAAGUAAAUUACGCUUGCUUUCUGCAUUUUGGUGUAUAAACCACAAUAAUUCAGUGCUUAGUGUUGUAAAGUUGUUAUCCAAUUAGAA